ACCUCCUGCAAAGUGUGACGUCAAAACAAGCUUCAUCUGACGUGGGCGGCCAUUGUUGUCGUUGAUUUACUCUCGGAUUCAGAACGAGGCUGGCAGACUUCAUUCAGCAAGCAGUUGAUCGAUUGGUUAGGUCUAGGAAAGUGUAGCCACAGGACGCACAUAUAUAAAAAUGGCGGCCAUAAUACCCGCCAUCUUGGUGAUGUCACUAGGUGUUGCUGUAGCUGCCCCACCCCCUAAUGCUGUGACUGAGAUCAGUUUUUUGAUGCCCCAAGUACAACCACAAGAUCCCGACACAUACCUAUGUAAGGCCAUGAAGGUAGAGGAGGCUCACAAGUACAUUACUGGAUUUGUUCCCACUGCUAACGCCAACAUUGCCCAUCAUAUACUUUUGUAUGGCUGCGAAUACCCAGGAGGUGACCCAGAAUCUAUAUGGGACUGUGGUGAGAUGUCCACAACGACCAGGAACUAUCAGAAGGGCAGCGUCUGUGCUGAAGGGAGUAGGAUACUCUACGCCUGGGCCAUGGAGGCUCCACGUCUUAACCUGCCCCCAGAUGUGAGUUUCGACGUGGGACAGAAAACGCCCAUCAAAUACCUGGUCUUACAGGUGCAUUACAAGAACGUGACCAGCUUCAAGCCACCACUAAAUCAAAAAGACAGCUCGGGUCUUACUCUAAUUACCACCCAGACAGCGACACCUAAAGAGGCAGGUGUUUACCUUAUGGUGACUGAUGGAGUCAUAAGGGCCCACACAACAGAAUACUUUGAAGUGGCCUGUGAAAUGCCAGAGGACAUUGAGAUAAUCCCUUUCGCUUACAGGACCCACGCGCAUACGCUAGGUCGCGUCAUCUCCGGGUACCGGGUACGCGACGGCAAGUGGACGGAGAUUGGCAGGAAGGACCCCAGACUCCCCGAGAUGUUUUAUAACGUAACAAAUCCUGGAAUCACAAUCAAGAAAGGCGAUAUUUUGGCCGCUCGCUGUACUAUGGAGAACACACUAGACCAUGACGUGGCUAUCGGGUCGACCCAGAACGACGAGAUGUGUAACUUCUACAUCAUGUACUACGUCAACACACCCCCCACACUACAGCAAGACGUAUGCUCCAGCUACGGCCCACCGACCUGGUACUGGGAGGACUUUGAGGACCAGAAGGCCAUCAACCUUAAGGCCCAGCCCAGCACCAUCAGUGUUAUCCCCGGUGCAGACAAACCCCUGAUUAAGACCAAGCAAAAAUUCUAUUCCAAUCCUCUGCUGGAAGCUCGAGAUGAAGAACUAGAAGAAAUGGUCCCCAGUGAGUUAAGCGCUGAAGAGAUCAUGUACCUGCUACAGAAGAUGGACGCCGAGCGCCAGGAGGGAGAGAGAUCCUACCUACCUGACUACUAGCAGCUACAGGAACAACCUCACGUUUCCUGGGCUAGUGGGCAGAUGACGUCAAGGGCUGGGGCGCAAUGAGGUGGGGGGGGGGGGGGUACAAAUGUACGACGCCAUCCGCGUUUACUGUAUUUGAAUGAAAUAAAAAUGUCUAAACAAAUUAACUGUAGCCUGGUUUAACAGCAAUUAAAAAAUAAUUCUAGGGAAGGUUUUGUAUCAAAUGUAGAUCACUAUCUAACUCGAGCCGUUGGCUCUGUUGUAGUUGACUUGACUUUAUACAAGUGGUUAGAUGGAGUGGGGGG